CCACCAGAUGGCGGUUUAGGAUUGCUGCUCUUCUCUCAAGGCGCGGUUCCGCUCGCACGGCCAAUUUUCAAUAAUAAAAUACGCACAAUAUUAAAACGAUAAUCGAUUUAUUGUUCCGGAAGGUGAUAAUCGAUUCGGCGAUGGUCGUUAAAGAUCUGCUGGUCUGUUGCGAUCAUAAUCACCACCCUAUCUGAUGCAGCAGGACUCCUGGCUGAGGCAUUUUAAGCCAAAAACACAACUUGCGCUGAGUUCGACAAGCAGAGAGGUCUGGGGAGGCGAAGAGAGUUAAGUGCCGGCAAGUUGAGUGCAGUCCGUCCAUCCGUCCUGGAGCCUCUCCUCCCUGCCCUUUCCUCAACUUUCCCCCCCAGCUGAACCGAUCUCAUACCUACAUCUUUGAUUCUGAAGACACACACAACAAAGCUAAACACUUAAACCGCCACCCAAGCUGACCAAGGAUGAUCACCUCAGAGCUCCCCGUCCUACAGGACUCCUCCAAUGAGUCUGGGGCGACAGACGCAGUGGGCCUGAGCAUGAGCAUGAGUGAGAUGGAGGAUCCAGAAGCGAAAGGCAAGAAGAAGAGAGGGAGGCCUGGAAAACAAACCCAGUCAUCCAAUAAGAAGCCUCGGAAGUCGCCGACAGAAAAGGCGGUGGGCAUGCCAAGAGGGCGUGGGAAGGCGAACGGUGUGGCUCAGCAUAAUGGAGACGGAGGAGACCCAGUCACGCUGUUUGAAGUGGUCAAACUGGGCAAGAGUGCCAUGCAGUCUGUGGUGGAUGAGUGGAUCGAGUCGUACAAACAGGACAGAGACUUGGCCCUGUUGGACCUCAUCAAUUUUUUCAUCCAGUGCUCAGGCUGUAAAGGGACUGUGAGGAUCGAAAUGUUCAGGAACAUGCAGAACGCAGAGAUUAUCCGCAAGAUGACCGAAGAGUUUGACGAGGACAGCGGGGAUUAUCCUCUCACCAUGCCGGGGCCCAUGUGGAAAAAGUUCCGCUACAAUUUCUGCGAGUUCAUCACCGUUUUGAUCCGCCAGUGCCAGUACAGCAUCAUCUACGACGAGUACAUGAUGGACACGGUAAUCUCCCUCCUCACUGGACUGUCUGACUCCCAAGUGCGAGCCUUCAGACACACCUCCACGUUAGCAGCGAUGAAGCUGAUGACAGCACUGGUAAACGUGGCUCUGAACCUGAGCAUUCACCAAGACAACACGCAGAGACAGUACGAGGCAGAGAGGAACAAGAUAGUCGGAAAACGAGCCAAUGAGAAGCUGGAGCUGCUGCUGCAAAAGAGGAAGGAGCUUCAAGAAAACCAGGAUGAAAUUGAAAAUAUGAUGAACUCCAUCUUCAAAGGAAUCUUCGUGCAUCGAUACAGGGAUGCAAUCGCUGAAAUCCGUGCCAUCUGCAUCGAGGAGAUUGGUGUGUGGAUGAAGAUGUACAGCGAUGCUUUCCUCAAUGACAGCUACCUGAAGUAUGUCGGUUGGACGCUACAUGACCGGCAAGGAGAGGUGCGUCUGAAGUGCCUGAAGGCUCUGCAGAACCUUUACACAAACCGAGAACUUUUCCCCAAGCUGGAGCUUUUUACCAACCGCUUCAAGGACCGCAUUGUAUCAAUGACACUGGAUAAGGAGUAUGACGUGGCUGUGGAGGCCAUCAGACUGGUCACACUCAUCCUGCAGGGAAGUGAAGACGCCCUGUCCAACGAGGACUGUGAGAACGUGUACCACCUGGUUUACUCAGCCCACAGACCGGUGGCCGUCGCUGCUGGAGAGUUUCUGCACAGAAAGUUGUUCAGUCGUCACGACCCACAGGCAGAGGAGGCUUUAGCGAAGCGUAGAGGAAGAAGCAGUCCAAAUGGAAAUCUUAUCCGCAUGCUGGUGCUUUUCUUUCUGGAGAGUGAGCUCCAUGAGCACGCGGCCUAUCUGGUGGACUCCCUGUGGGAGAGCUCUCAGGAGCUGCUGAAGGACUGGGAGUGUAUGACUGAACUUCUGCUGGAGGAGCCAGUGCAGGGAGAGGAGGUGUUGUCAGACAGACAGGAGAGUGCUCUCAUAGAGCUGACAGUCUGCACCAUCAGACAGGCAGCAGAAGCGCAUCCGCCUGUUGGUAGAGGCACUGGCAAACGGGUGCUGACAGCAAAGGAGAGGAAGACUCAGAUUGACGAUAAGAACAAACUGACAGAGCACUUCAUCAUGGCUCUGCCCAUGCUGCUGUCCAAGUACCAGGCAGACUCAGAGAAGGUAGCCAACCUGCUUCAGAUCCCUCAGUUCUUUGACCUGGAUGUGUACAGCGCUGGCCGCAUGGAGAAGCACUUGGACGCUUUGCUGAAGCAGAUCAGGCUCGUAGUGGAGAAGCACAUCGAGACAGACGUGCUAGAGGCCUGCAGUAAGACCUACAGCAUCCUCUGUUCUGAGGAGUACACCAUCAUGAACCGGGUGGACAUUGCACGCUCCCAGCUCAUCGACGAGAUGACAGAUCGCUUCGCACACUCUGUGGAGGAGCUGCUGCAGGAGGCUGAAGAGGCCGAUGAUGACGACAUCUACAAUGUUUUAUCUACUCUCAAGAGACUCACAGCCUUCCACAAUGCCCACGACUUGACACGGUGGGAUUUAUUUGGAAACUGUUACCGACUGCUGAAGGCAGGCAUCGAGCAGGGCUCCAUGCCAGAGCAGAUCGCCGUGCAGGCCCUGCAGUGCUCCCACUACUCCAUCCUGUGGCAGCUGGUCAAGAUCACCGAGGGAGCUCCCAGCAAGGACGACCUGGUGGCCCUCAGGAGAGUCGUCAAGUCCUUCCUGGCCGUGUGCCAGCAGUGCCUGUCCAACGUCAACACACCAGUGAAAGAACAGGCGUUCAUGCUCCUCUGCGACCUGCUCAUGAUCUUCAGUCACCAGCUGACGUCCGGCGGCAGAGAGGGCCUCCAGCCUCUGGUCUUCAACCCGGACAGCACGCUGCAGAACGAGCUGCUCAACUUUGUCCUGGACCACGUCUUCAUCGACCAGGAUGACGAGAAUCAGAGCAUGGUAGAGGGAGAUGAGGAGGAUGAGGCGAAUAAGAUUGAGGCUCUUCACAAAAGAAGAAAUCUGCUUGCAGCUUUCUGCAAACUCAUCAUCUACGACAUCGUAGACAUGCCAGCUGCUGCAGACAUCUUCAAACACUACAUGAAGUAUUAUAACGACUACGGGGACAUCAUCAAGGAGACUCUGAGUAAAACCAGACAGACCGACAAGAUCCUCUGUGCCAAGACUCUCAUCCUCAGUCUGCAGCAGCUGUUUAACGAGCUCCUGCAGGACCAGGGACCCAACCUGGACCGGACGUCGUCCCACGUCAGUGGCAUCAAGGAGCUCGCCCGCCGUUUUGCCCUCACCUUCGGUCUGGACCAGAUCAAGACCAGGGAGGCUGUUGCCACACUGCACAAGGAUGGAAUAGAGUUUGCAUUUAAGUACCAGAACCCUCGAGGAGCAGAGUUUCCUCCUGUCAACCUCGCCUUCUUGGAGGUUCUGAGUGAAUUUUCCUCAAAACUCAUCCGCCAAGACAAGAAGACAGUUCACUCGUACCUGGAGAAGUUCAUGUCAGAGUCAAUGUCAGAGCGUCGGGAGGACGUGUGGCUGCCUCUGAUCUCGUACAGGAACAGCCUGCUGACAGGAGGAGAUGAGGACCACAUGUCUGUCACGUCAGGAUCCAGCAGCAAGACGGGCUCAGUCCGCAGCAAGAAAGGACGACCGCCGCUUCACAAGAAACGCAUCGAGGAAGAGAGCAGUGUGGAGGGCUCCUGGAUGAUGCGUAAUGACACUCUGCAGACACCAGGGGCACUACAGACCCCUCAGCUCACAUCAACAGUCCUUAGAGAGAACAGACCAGCAGAACACAUGCCAGACCCAGACUCGGAACCAGGAUCAGAGAACGACUACGUACACAACCCUCAGAUGCAGAUGUCGUGGCUCGGCCAGCAGAAGAUGGAAGAGGUGAACAGGAAGGACCGGACGGGCAUGAACUACAUCAAGUCACGCAGCAAUCAGGGCGUCCGGCAGACUGUUCGUGGGUUGAUGGAGGACGACGCAGAGCCCAUCUUCGAAGAUGUGAUGAUGUCAUCGCGAGGCCAGCUGGAGGACAUGAACGAGGAGUUUGAGGACACCAUGGUGAUCGAUCUGCCGCCAUCGAGGAACAGACGUGAGAGAGCCGAGUUAAGACCGGACUUCUUUGACUCUGCAGCAAUGAUUGAGGAUGAGUCGGGAUUCAGCAUGCCAAUGUUCUGAUGUGGGGGAGUCAAAGAUCCUGAGAUCAGGAUCCACAUCAGGAUUAAACCGCAGAGGGAGGUGGUGUUUGGGAUAACCUGCCAAUCAAACUCCUAAGAAGAAGAAAAAACACAUGUUCGAAGUACUUUUCUCUUUCUAAAAGACAUGAUGGAAGGAUCUUUACCCAGUGGGUCUUUUGAAGGAUCCCACGUCGGCCGGAUCUCACCUUGAAGUGUGCAGCGAGGAUGGGCUUUGCUCUUUCAGGCAAGCUGCAGGAUCCAGAAUAUUUUCCAGAAUCUAGUCCGGAUUAUGGAGAGCUUCGUCUUGCUCUGUUCUUCCUGUUGGUUUAGCUCUUGUUAGCGGUAGCUCCGAUGGCGAUGGGCUGCCGACCGGCGAGUUCUUGCAGUUUUAACGGCUCCGUGUCUCACAGAUGUUCUGUUCCGCUCACAAUCAGCAGCGCGGCACUCUGUACAGCCCCCCCCCCCCCCCCCCCCUUCUUUUUGUGUCCCACCUUGAUCCGUCUGGUCAAAUAAAACAAAAAGGGGAUCUAAGAUUAAUGUUCUAUAUCUUUGCUCUUAUUA